AUGAAAAGUGAAAAAGACCAAACAUUUGUGCAAGCUUCUCAUCAUCAGAGAACUUGUACACCUGAUGCUGAUGCUGAUUGCUCCAGUUCAGCUUACCAAAUCAUAAGCUCUGUUCCGCUCCAGUUUAGCUUUUUCAGCCAUCUGCUCUAUACUGUGUUCAUUUUCAUCCUUCAAAGGUUUAUAACCGAAGACCGUGAACUCAAAAUCAAAAUCGAAGAGAUAACAUCUCCGACAUCGGUUAAUCUAGAUGAUGAUGAAGACUUUGCAAGAUAA